UAUGUAUGACUGGGAAGAUUUCAAACAAAAUCUUCCGGACUACUAACUCUGGCUUCUUUAGUCAUCUAAUACAUGCCAAGUGGUUCUAGCCACUGGAGAUGCUGCAAUGAACAAAACAGAACAAUGAGCGACAAUGAAUAAAACAGAAAAAUUAUUUGCCUUCAUGGAGUUUAUAUUCUUAUAACUCUUAAGUUCACUAAAUUCUUAAAAACCUAAUAAGCUGAAGUUUUAAAUGAGAACUUCAAAGUCAGAAUUCUUAAUACCUUUCAACUUAAAGUUACAAGUCUAAAAUUAAGUGUACAUUUGGAUUAGAAUUGCAAAGCAAAUGUGUAUCUAAUAAAUGUCUCUAAUCUGAUAGUCUCUAAUCUGAUAUGUAAAUACCAAGUGCACAAAUGAUUCUUAAGCCUGAUUUUAAAAAACACUAAUACUGUAAACCUGGUUUGCUUUAUCAUUUUUCCAUUUAUUUCUAAACUUUCGAGUACUGAAUACUGGAUUAUGUAACUGAGCUUCUGUGAGGUUCCUAACCCAGUUCAUAACCCAGAUACAUGGUCGUCUCAUGUAGGUUAGGAGACUUGAAAUUGGUGGGAUGCGGGACCUACAGAUCGCAUAUGACCAGAGUGAAUGUUUCCAUAGGACAGUGGACACACUGAGCCUGAUUUUAGCAGUGACUACGAUAACAGGACGCCACGUCCACUUUUUUUCAGACAAGAUCAGUUUCAUAAUAUGGUAUUUGCUAGAUUCAAGCCUUUACUUCAUAAUAACCUUUUUUGAUGUUGUCGUCUGAUUUGGAUGGAUAAAUUACACAACUGUCCCUACCUCGCCUACUUGACCAUCUGACCCCAUUCAGCUGCUCCAACCCUGUUCUGAUUCUUCUGUGUCUGGGUCUUUGACCUUGCCUUCAGCGGUACUCUGUUUAUGGGCGCUAGACAAUGCCACUCCCCUGCAAGGCCAGCAUUCAGAGGUGGCUGAGUGUAGCUCUCCUCCCCAAAUCUCCAUCGACUCACCCCAGUUUUUUCAUACACACUGAGUAUUUUCUCAGUUUUAGAUCAAGGACAAUUCAAGCUUGUUCUCCAGCAAAUUCCUGGCUGACCCUUUCCUUCAAACAGAUUCCCUCUGCUGAGCCCCUUCUAUAUAGAAAUUCUAAAACUAUCCCUUGCUUCUUUGCUUAAAACCCUUCAGCAGUGCACACUGCACUUGGGAUAGAAUACAAAGCCCUUAAUGCAAGUCCUUACAUGAUCUGGCUCUCGCCUCCCUCCAUGACCUCAUCACACGCCUUUCUCUUAUGCUCCAGUUCCAGCCACACUGGCCUUCUUUAACUUCUUCCAACAGAAGCUACACUUCUUUCCUACCUCAGGUCCUUUGCAUGUGCUACUAUUCCCACUUUCUGAAACACGGUUUUCCCUACUCUUUGCUUGGAUGACUCCUCAACCCAGCCUCAGAUGAACUGUCAUUUUUUUAAAUGGAGGCUUUUCUUCUUCUUCAUAGAAAGUGUUACACUUUGUGCAUUUCUAUGCUUACUACCGAGACCAUUAGUUGUGUGGGGCUGUGUGUGGUGUUCUGUUUGUCCAGCAUGCAUUACAGUGCUGGCAUAUUCUAGACAGUCAGUAAUUCUUUGCUGAAAGAGUAAAUACCACAGUGCCACAGCAAUCACCAUUAGCCUUCAGUCAUAACUGUAAUAAUCAUUCAUAUCACCACUUUUGGCUCAUGGGAGGUACUGAGUAAUUGUAUGUUGAAUUGGAUUGAGCUAUCUAAAUGUCAGUAUCUCGAGCAGUCAUUAAUACAAUUAUUUUAUAUUACCUCUAUGUUUCCGGACUCAUUUAGCCUUCUAUAGCUUCUAAUGCUGUAGCCUUUCUGUUAUCACAGUAAAGAAGACAUUUUAGCAAAAUGUGCCUUUUUGGGGGGCUAGGCUUUCCUAACUUUUUAAAAGUGCCACUGACCGUUAGCUAAUUGUCUUACAGAUAGUACUCAAUUUUGUUAAGUGUAAAUAUAAGUUCCGUAUGAUACUUAGUGAUUUUACUUGUUAGCUUGGCUGUUUCCCUCCCAGCAUCCAAGAGAUGGAUUAAUUCCGCUGGCUCCAGGUGACAGAGCGCAGCCUUAAGACACUGAAUGGAAGCUCUAGUUCUAGAUUAUCUAAUGCUUGUGGCUUAAGCCCCGCCCCCUCCGCAUAGUUCUUCAAGAACCUUGCAGCGCCCCCCUCCCAUUCAAACCUCGGAAUAGCAUCGAAUUGCGUUAGAACUCUUGAGUUUUAACCAUUUAGAUCCUUAGAGCCUGCUGUUUUUCUGGGUUUUGCUCUUGUUUUUGUUUUUGUUUUGCUGUAUCAGCCUGAUAAGAUCAUAGCCCCAUAAAGAUUUCAUAUCCUUGUCUCUGCACCUUGGCAGCUGUGUCUACGAAACUACAGCAUUUAAAAAAAAUGAUUUUGAACGUUGCAUCGUUAGUGAUUUUUUUUUUUUAAACGCAAAAAAAAAUUUUAAAUGAAACAAUGCUGGAAAAGAAAAAUCAGGUUUAUUUGUGCUGCUUAUCACGCCCGGGCGUUUUUGGAAACCCAAACGGGGGUAUGAGCGUUUUGAAAACAAAAACAAAAAACGGCAGCGGCCCAGCGUCGUCGGGGUUCGCAGCAUUGUGACCGCGCGCCUUUAACUCGGCGUGACCUCCGCGUCCCGGGCCCCGCGCCUCGGCCGGGGCGGCGCAUCCACCCCCUCCCCGCGUCGCGCGCAUUGUUGUCCUUUAGUGAUUGGUUGCUGGACCCGAAGCAGCUGUGCAGAGCCGGGCGGUGUAAAGAACCUGAAUGCAGGUUAGCGGGCGGCUGGUGACUCACACGGGGGAUCGAGGGCGAGAGAGGAAGAGCCAGAGGCCGCCACCUCUGCGUCUCCCAGGCGGCGUGGACCAGGUGCCCCGGCGUUUGCGGCUGUCGCAGGGGCUCCCGGUGGCGCCCCCUCCUCCGGCUCUUGCCCGCCUCGGGGUUGGCGCAGGUGGGGCAGGCAGGGCACCGCAGACCUCCCGGUUCCCACCGAGGGGGUUCUCGCUCUCUCCGCGAGGGGGAGGGAGCAUCCUAAAAAUAUGUAAAUAUCCAAGCGCUGACUCCAAGGCCGGGGCGCCGGCCCGCGGCCCCCGCGCCGCCGCAGACUGUUUUACAUGAAAAAGAGAAGCCUGCCGCGAUCGGUGCUCUAACUUAAGGCAGCUCGGUGAUUAGCAUGAGACUGGGCGGCUGCCCUGCUUCCUGCCCUUCAAGAGCUGUUCUGCGCGCUCGCGACCGAGCGGCGGUGCCACCGUGCGGGUGUGGAUCGGCAGGCACGGCCUCGUUGGCAGCCAUGGCUCCCGACGCCCCCUCGGCCAGUAAGUAGGAGCAUGCAUGUGUAGGGGGGCACAUGCGUGUCGGCGCGCGAGCGCGCGCGCGCGCACACACACACACACACACACACACACACGCACGCACGCACACCACCCUGAGCCUCGCAAGGAGGAAGAUUGACGAGGCGCUGCAGUUGCGAGGACGACUCGGGCUCUUCCUGGAUUCCGCAGGAGCCCGCCUGCCGCAGCUGCUGUCUGCAGAGCCGGCUCGGCUCCCCGUGCACACGCGCCCCCCAUCCGAGCCUCUGUAAUGAAGACUGCCUCCCGAGGACUGCAGGGGAGGCAGAGCCAGCCUGCGCCCGGGACUGCGGGCCGCGCGGCCGAAAGGCCCUGGGGGACACGACCUGGACCCUGUCAGCCCCACGCCUCGCUCUGAGCCGCCGGGUGCCGAGGGCCUGCCGCCGCCCCUCCGGCUUCCCGGGCGCCCGAUCCCGGGUCAGCCCCGGAGGCCUCGGCUUCCUCAUUUGUUUGGGUCUUUUGUGCCGUGGCUCACAGUUGGCUAAGCACUCCUGCGCUGAAUCGGGCCAUUGUCUGCGCUCCCAUUGCUUUCACGCUGCAAGUCUCGGCGCCCCCACCCCGCCCGCCCCCUCCCCGCCUCCUCCUGGCCGGGGAGCCUCCUAACGUGCCUUUCCCCCCAGGAAUCUGGAAGCUAUAAGCCGGGCGGAUUGCAAAUGAAGUGUAAUGCAUUGUGGGACGUGUGUAAAAUCGGAGCCUUCGCCGUGGGGGUGUGUGGGGGCGUGGGGAGGGCCGGACCCGCCGCUGGCGGUGUAGACGCCGACGAGGAGGGGCUGGGAAAAUGUGCGCAGAGUCCGCCCGGGUCGUGCCCGCCGUAGACGGAUGAAGCAGCGCGCUGCGCCCCGGCGCUGAGGCCCCCGGGAUCGGGGCGGCAGGUCGCGCGCUCCCCACCAUGAAGAAGACCCGGAGCACAACCUUGCGGCGAGCCUGGCCUAGCUCGGAUUUCUCGGACCGGGCCUCGGACCGCAUGAGGUCCCGCAGCGAGAAGGACUACCGCCUGCACAAGCGCUUCCCCGCGGCCUUCGCGCCCCAGGCUUCGCGGGGCUACAUGACAUCAGGUGAUGUGUCACCAAUCAGCAUGUCUCCCAUCAGUCAAUCUCAGUUUAUCCCCCUCGGGGAGAUCCUUUGCUUGGCCAUCUCAGCAAUGAACUCCGCCAGGAAACCUGUCACCCAAGAGGCGCUGAUGGAGCACCUGACCACGUGUUUCCCAGGUGUUCCCACCCCAAGUCAAGAAAUUCUACGGCACACGUUGAACACGCUGGUGCGGGAGCGGAAGAUCUACCCCACUCCAGAUGGCUAUUUCAUCGUGACCCCACAGACUUAUUUCAUUACUCCCUCUCUCAUAAGAACUAACAGUAAAUGGUACCAUUUGGACGAGAGGAUACCUGACAGGUCUCAGUGUACCUCUCCGCAACCGGGAACCAUAACGCCCUCUGCCUCAGGCUGCGUCAGGGAAAGAACGUUACCCAGAAACCACUGCGACUCUUGCCACUGCUGCAGAGAAGACAUGCACAGCAUGCUUGCUUCCACUCUGCAGAGGAAACCCGCCAAGGACUGCAAAGACCCCUACUGCCCUCCCUCCCUAUGCCAGGUGCCACCCACUGAAAAGAGCAAAAGUACUGUAAACUUUUCUUAUAAGACAGAAACUCUCUCAAAACCUAAAGAUGGGGAAAAGCAGUCCAAAAAAUUCGGGCUCAAAUUAUUCCGGCUGAGUUUUAAAAAAGAUAAGACCAAACAACUAGCCAAUUUCUCAGCCCAGUUUCCUCCUGAGGAGUGGCCCCUGCGAGACGAAGACACACCAACUACUAUCCCCAGGGAAGUGGAAAUGGAGAUCAUUAGGCGCAUUAACCCGGACUUGACCGUGGAAAAUGUCAUGAGGCACACUGCACUAAUGAAGAAACUAGAAGAAGAAAAAGCGCAUAGGAGUAAAGCUGGGUCCUCUGCCCAUCACAGUGGAAGAAGUAAAAAGAGUAGGACUCAUCGCAAGUCCCAUGGAAAAUCUCGGUCACACAGCAAGACCCGAGUGUCUAAAGGAGACCCUUCGGAUGGUUCUCAUCUGGAUCUCCCAGGUGACAGAGAGUAUGACUUUUGUGAUCCUCUUACCAGGGCACCCAGGGAGGGCUGCUUCAUCAUUGAACACAAAGGAGAUAACUUCAUCAUGCAUAGCAACACGAACGUGAUCGAGUCUCAUUUCCCCAUGACCCCAGAAUGGGAUGUGUCUGGGGAAUUGGCCAAAAGGAGAACUGAGAUGCCUUUUCCUGAACCUUCCAGGGGAAGCUCCCACUCAAAAGUGCACCGAAGUCACAGCCAUACCCAGGACCGAAGGUCCAGGAAUGAGAGAUCCAGCAAAGCCAAGGAGAGAUCCAGGUCGAUGGAUAACUCAAAGGGCCCUCUGGGUGCUUCUUCUCUAGGAACACCCGAAGACCUGGCUGAAGGCUGUAGCCAAGAUGACCAAACCCCCAGCCAGUCCUACAUUGAUGACAGUACUUUAAGGCCUGCACAAACAAUUGGUCAUCAAAGGGCUCACGUUUCAUCCACGAGCUAUAAAGAGGUGUGUAUUCCAGAAAUAGUCGGUGGCAGCAAGGAGCCUUCCAGUGCUUGUAGCCUUCUGGAGCCGGGCAAACCCCCUGAGAGUUUGCCAUCCUGUCCCACAAAAACAGCUACAGAUGACUAUUUCCAGUGCAACACCUCCAGUGAGACGGUCCUCACGGCGCCGUCACCUCUGGGAAAGAACAAAGAGGAUCAUGACACUCUAACUCUGGCGGAAGGGGUGAAAAAGCUGCCUCUGCCUGACAGGCAGGCCCCACAUUCUUCUAGAGAGCCUGUAGGGCACAAGGAGGAGUCACCAAAAGGGCCAGGUGGGGGCCCAGCCGCUUCGGGCACAGGGGCAGAAGGGAUGGCCAAUGGACGCCUCGUCCAGCACCACAGCGCUGAGCCCAGCAGCCUGGACAAGAGGAAAGAGAUAUUCAGCAAAGACACAUUGUUCAAACCUCUUCACAGCACCUUGUCUGUCAACAGCUAUCACAAAUCGAGCCUGUCCCUCCUCAAAUCUCUCCCGAAGACCCCUGCCGACACACUGCCAGGCCGAUGCGAGAAACUGGAGCCGUCGCUGGGAACCUCAGUGGCACCAGCGAUGCCCGGUUCCCAGCGUCAGCAGGAGUCGGGGGGGAACCAGGAAGCCUCUUUUGACUAUUACAACGUCUCCGACGAUGAUGACUCUGAGGAAGGGGCCAACAAAAACACGGAAGAGGAAAAAAACAGAGAUGAUGUAGGCACCAUGCAGUGGCUCCUUGAGAGGGAGAAGGAAAGAGACUUGCAGAGGAAGUUUGAGAAGAACCUCACCCUCCUGGCCCCAAAAGAAACCGACAGCAGCAGCAACCAGAGAGCCACACAUUCGGCACGCCUCGACAGCAUGGACAGCAGCAGCAUCACUGUGGACAGUGGAUUCAACUCCCCACGCACUCGGGAGAGCCUGGCUUCCAACACGUCCAGCAUUGUUGAAAGUAACCGGCGUCAGAACGCUACCUUGAGCCCAGUCCACGGCGGAGCUGGCCCGGCCUUCAACUUCCGAGCGAGCACGGACCCCGCGACCAACGAAGCAGAGAAAUUACAGAAACCUUCCAACUGCUUGCAAGCUUCUGUUACUAGUGUGUGACAGUCGUACUGUCUCCAAUCUCCUGUCUCAUUCGAUACAGCCAAGUUUACGACACUGGGACUGAUGUUUACAUCUGGGGAAAGACAAGCAUCUCGACCACAGUUUUUGUGUUUACUUAAACUGUGCUGCUAAGUAGGCUAGGGCAAAAAAAAAAAAAACAAAAAACAAAAAAACAAACAAAAAUCUUUAUUUCAGAGUAUUGCUUUUCACAUUUAUGGCUCUGUAGCAACCGAAUAGCAGUAGGGGUGAUAUGUAUACGUUUGUUUCACUACUUGUAACUGAGCACACAUAGGAAAGUCUAGACACUGUAAGUGUGGUAUGCAUUACAAUGUCAUGAAGUUGCCAAUUCCAUUUUUAAAUGCCACAGAUGCGCGUUGCUCCCAGUCUGUGGCUGGAGGGUGCCACGGAACUGAUCCUUGACACUUCCCAAACACAAACAAACAAAAAAGGACAAAAAAAGCGUAAGCCACCACAACAUGUCCAAGGCCAGGGUCCAGCUUGAGGAAGAUCAAUGUCAAACUGACCGGAAGGGACCCCAGCCCUUUGUGUGUGAAUUGUUUAUGCACCCGUCAUUUUUCACUGUGAGUUUUCAUGACACAGUUUUUUGCAGGAGCCCGUGGAAGUGUGUCAGAAGGGGUCGUGAUCGAAAUUCUGGGAGUGUUUGUUUUUUUUUCAGGAUUUUGUUUUUAAGUGAAACAGAUGCUUGUCUGAUUUUUAACCUUCCAUAAUCACGAACAGGAAUAUAGGCCUUUGAUUCUGAAGUGGGUGAAGGAAGGGGGUCCCCAGCCUGGCUGGGGCACGGCACUGAGGGACGGAAGCAGGGAAAUGUGGGCUCUCUAAUGCUGUCAGUCAAAUAUUUAAGGAAGAUAAUUUCCUCCUUGUGAUCCUUAUGAUGAUCCUAUCUUACUAUAAUAGAUACAAUGAUUAGUUUGUUUAAAAGCAAAAUGUUCUUUGUGAUACAAAUGAAGAGUAUGGCCUGGGGAUGUUAUUCUUUCUAAUGGAAGGACAUUAAUCUAUUUUAUGUAGUUUUAAAUAGAAUGCCUAAAUUAGGCUAUGGGAGAUCAUUUUUAGUGGUUAUAGGAAAGAGCAAAGUUAGGGAGAGUUGAACUUCAGGCCUUUUAUUCCUGGAAAGAUAUCUAUAGAGAAAACUUUAAAAUAAUUUUUGAUUAGAAAUUUACAUGUGCCCAUGUAAUUACCAACAGAAUGUGCUCAUUCUGCAAGUAUGGUAUAAUCCGAACUUGUACUCCCCUAAAAUUUAUCAGAGUAACAAUUAUGCAUACAUGAACUAUGCCAGAGUAAUGUUUACAGAUACUUUGUAACCAAUUUCAGGAGGCAUUUUUUAGGUGGAUGUAUAGUUCCUAGCCCAACUUAUUUCAAAAUGGUUUGUUAACACGUUGCUUUGGUUUACAAUGUCUUGUUGAAUACAAAGAAGACUCACUCAACAGCAUAGGGAUUACCAAUAACCUUGAGCUUCAACUUUACAGAAAAGAGACAUUUCAAAACUCCCCAUUUUAUUCUAUGAGAACAAUGGACUCAAUGUAUCGAUAAUGACAAAUUAUUUGCAGAAGGGUUGCAUAUGACACAAGUAAAUGGUCUGACCAAAAGUUUAGUUCAGUAGCAUGUGCUGUUUGGAGCCAUAUAAUGAAAUAUAUAUCCAAAAAUAAAUCUAAAUUCUUUCCACCUCAGACUACGGUAAUUGGCAAAAAAUGUGUGCAACAUUUCUGCUUCAGUACAGGUUUAAUCACUAGGGAUCUGUUUAAAGAAUGCACUCCGGCACAUAAUUGGACCUAUUCUUGAAGCAUGUGGAUAGUCUCUCAUGCUUUUUCAGAUAUUUGGAAGUCGCAUUAGGUCAAACUGGACUCCUCAAGUUUAGUCUAGAUUCCUUUUUUUGUGCUUAGAAUGAAACGUAAGCACAUUUCUCGGUAAACCCCCAUCCCACUAAAAUGCUUUAAGUCAGUUGGCUUUCACUCUCAUGCCUUAUUUCCUCCAAGGCAUGUCCCGAUUGCCCAGAAAUGCACUAUUUGUCUCAUUGCUUAAAUAUGUCCAGGAGGAAUGAUAAUGUAACUAAUAGACUACACACACAGUCUGUUUCCCUGGGGAGUUAUAUACCAUACGGUUACCAAAUUCUCCUGUCUAAAUUCCUUUUUUUCCAAAAAACCUGCUCUCGAGUGUCGAAUCGUACCAUCAGUUCAUAAAUAACAUAACCAUUGAAACAAUACAUCAGCCUCUCGUUGAUCCUCUGAAAGUAGCCAUUACAGUAAUCAAACGUAGCGUGGACCGGAAAGGAAAGCAUUACCUUUAAGAGAAGCUUUAAAAUAGGAAUUUAUCAGUAUUCCACAAGAAAUAGGUUUACAGAAGACAUGAUGCAAAUAAAACGUGUAUACCAUUCGCCCGAUGCUAUGGGGUACGUGAUUUCAAAAACAACGAUGAUGACUCCCUUAGACCCGGAGCCAUUAGCGUAGAAAAGAUGGGCUUUAAAGAUGUUACGGUGUAAGCAGACGUUCCGUGUGGAAGUGUCCCCGUCUGCAUUUAAUGAGGAGUUCUGGAUGGGGGAGGCGUGGCGGCAGGAAGCGUUGUUACAGAUGUGACCCGAGACGGUCCUCCGGACGGCGGGCGAGCUUCUCAGUGGUCAAACCCUCAGCCCACGCCAAGCUUUGCCAACAUCCUUGUCCUCCCCUGAACUGAUAGAGCUUUGUGUGACAUGGCUGCUGAUCUAGUCUUCACUUAGAGUUUAUCAGCUGAAAGGUUUACAGAACUGAGUCUGCUUGAAUCUCUGUGUAGCGUUCAACUCUAAAGGGUCAACCCGUCUGUCGGCAUUUUGCACACUUAUGUAUUAUUAUGAUGCAGCAUAUUACUUUAUGGCAAUUUUUAUUUUUUACAUAUAACUACCUCCAUAAAUUUGAUGAAACGGCAGCAGUGUGUUUAAAGUGUAUUGUUCAGAAAAGCAAAGUUGAAAACCUCCGUAGACAUGAGGCCAUGGCGUUCCGUGUGUGUGUCAGUGACUGCCCCUGUAGACUCGUGACUUCUUCAUGGCCGUGGUUUGGUUUUACGGCAUUAUUGCGCUUUCAGAUGUAAACCUGUCUCUCCUCUCUUUCCCACGAAAGCACACUUGAUUUUGUUACCAACGAAAGGAAGUUGGAAUCUCUGGUCUUUUCCCACCGCCCCACCCCCACCACACUCCUGCUAAGAGUUCUCCCCCGGGGGAAGAGCCGAGCCGAUCGGUAAACAUAAUUUAGCAAGCUCUUUAGUCCUGUCAGAAUCGGAUGUGGAAAUUCUAGGUUUUCAGUAACUGAAGACACACAACAAAUUUGGACUGUGUCGGCUUUGAAGUACUUUGGGCCUCUCUGCCUUCACUCACAUGCUAGCAUCCCGAGCCCAAACGUCAUCUUAAUUAAAAGAGCUGUGUUCCGUUAAAUACUUUGUAUUCCAUUUUAUAUAUUUUUGCACAUCUCAGGGGACCUCAAUGAGCAUAUGAAAAGGGGGGGUGCCAUCAAAUAGAGAAGACAGCUAGAGGAGCUGAAUGGGGACCAAACAAGAUAAAAAUACCAAAUUAGUGCUUCUCUGAUGUUGUGAAGUCCAAGUUCAGGAGGCAUAAGUUCAAGGUUAAUCUGGACUAACAAUGGUCUGAACACCAGCUGUUCCCAAGUCUCCCUUUCUCAGAGCCCAACCAGCGGUUCGAGGAUGUAAAUUCAAAUUCUAUCGCAACCGCCAGGGGGAGGAAAAACCUGUUGGAUGAAAAGGAAAGCAUUGUGUGUUUUUUUGUUUGGUUUGGUUUGGUUUGGUUUUAGGUUGGCACAGCUUUGUAAAAUCCUACCCAGAAUAAACCACUUAUCGCCACCAAGUGUACUUGAAAAUAAAGUUUUUAACCUAAAUUAUAGGCGUAUAGCUCACAAUAGUGAACCUAUUUUGAAAAGUCUCGCCAUUUAUAACAUGGGCAGUAUUUUGAGCUUGAUGAAAAGCCAACAACAAGCGAUCAUGACUUCGCCAGUUCAUUUUGGGAUUGCAAAGUGCUUCCAAAGCAUUCAGACUGACAGUUAACUAAGCAGGUCCUAUUUGUAAUACCCAUACUUGAAAUGGAGAGAGAGAAGGAGGGACCUCAGAUUACCCAGAAAUUUCCGUGGCAGCUACCAGUGAUCUGUUUUCUAUCUGUUUGAUAGACCCUUAUGAGAAAUCACUAAAUACAAUGCUAUUUUUCUGAUGUGUGCUAAUAAAGUAAAAGAAAACAAAUAACAACUGUACACUCUUGUCCAUUUUCAUUCAAACAGUUCAGGGUGUUUGGAAUUUUGCAAAACCCACCCAAAUGCUGUUGCGGUCAGAGGCAGGUCCUAGACGGACACCCUCGUUUACAGUUUCCUAUUGGGCUUUGGUAAUUCCUGUGCGAAAUACCAUCCUUCAGGAACAUGACUGCUCUGGGCAGUGGAAAGGUGCUGAAACAGGAAAUGUAAUUUAAAAAGUUUAUCAAGUACUCUUGACUGUGCUACUUGAGCACACUACAAUAUAUUGAGUCGUACCCGGAAGAAUCUGGAUUUCCAAGGGAGCCGACCUAGUUCUCAGUGUUUCCUCAAAGUCGGGGAUACCAGAUCCUUGCUGAGGACCUUCUCCAUUGCCACAGGCCAGUCACAGAACCAGCUAACAGCACGCUGUCCCUCAGACGACAGAGUCCCAAGCAGAAGUGAUCCUGUCCACUCAUUUCCCCCACCUCCCAUCCCCCGCCUACCCAACCCCCCACCCCAGCCACCACCCUGCCCAUUCUCUUCUGUUAGCAAGCCAGGUGUCUACACGUGUUUAGGGCCUGGGGAAGCUAGAACACAGGAAGAACGGAUCCAAAAGCAUGGAGAACCUUGUUUUGCUUGGGGUUAGUAAAAUAUAGGCAGGAAGGAGAUUACCAUCGGUCUGAUCUUUGCCAAGUUAGAUUAAAGAAUCAGCCGUCACUCUGUCAUUCUCUCAGAAGGUUUUACAGAAUGAAGGAUACAUCCAGUAUUUUCCCAUAGAUUUUCAUUUGGAGACAUUUCAUAAAUUAUAUAUGCGAAAAAACUUCAUGAUGUAAUUUCCUGGAGUGUUUGAAAUAGGCUUGGCAUCUCCCCGAUUGAGUUCGCCUCUGCAUCUUUUGCAGCAGCAGCCCAGAUAGAGAUCCCCGGUGAUCGACCCUCUAACACAUAAUCCUGUGUUUUCACAGUUGUUCCAUGACUUACAGUUGCUGAUUGGCAGGGUUGAGAAUUCUAUAAGGCUCAAGGGGGACUAAACCUUGUGAUUGUAUAUUAUCAGUUCUAGGGCUUCAACUGCUCAUUGUUGGCUUCCAAUGAGAACACACACACACCCUGCCAAGGAGGGAAGGGGAGCUCCACAAGUGAGGCAGCAAAUGUAAGGCUAGAUGGUUGGCUGGUCCAUGCACAGCUGCCUACCCCCCUGACCAAAGGCUGACCUUGGCAUCCCAGUUCCUUUGCUCCCACCCAGAAGAGGUACCAAAUCUGAGAUCUGAGAGCUCCUUUAGUAUCAGUCCUCUGCAGUUACGGGAAAUUCACGAAGUCUGCACUCAGCAGCUCCUUGCCCACCUGUCUUCCCAGGUCCCUACUCCCUGCCUCUGUCCCACUCUCCCACCUAGACACUGAUCCACCGCCACGGUUUCCACCGUGGAAGGGCAAAACAGUGUGUGGUAUCGUGCACACGUGAUGGGUGAGGACUAGAGCUGCCCUCCGGUCACCUUCAUGUAAGUAUUGACAGCUACAAGUUAAGGUCCUUAGAGUAGUUGACAUAGACACUACUUUCUAGAAGAGAAUUACAUUUCAACCGUUAAGUUUAAAGGGAUCAUAAUUCUGCAGGUAUCUUUCUCCGAGUGACUGAAUGUGACUAUUGCAUUGGGGUAAAUGAAUUAAGACGUGCAAGUGGGAUUUACUGUAUGUUAGAAAGGAGUUUUGCAGCCAAGACUGCCUUGAAUAAAAUGUGUUUGCACUGAAAAAAAAAAAAAA